ACAUUUAUUGGUAAUUGAUACACUCUCAAAUAUAAAAAUGAAAUCAUUAAAUGCAAACAUUUAAUACAUUUUUGUCCCAAUUGUUAUUUUCAGCGCACGCGCACAUUUGCGUCAAAGUCAAAUGCCAAAGGUUAUAAUGUUAGUAUUAUGUGACAACGUCACCCUAAUCCCUCAGAACGAAGAAGAAACCAAGAUCCAAAAUAUACCAAAAAAAAAAAGAAAAAAAGAAAAACAGGAUAAGAAGGGAAGGAACAAAUCUCGAAACAGCAGCAUCUACUCGACGCAAUGGGCGCGUGCGCAUCUUCUCCCUCCACCAAAACGACGAUCACAACCGCAUGGAUGAAUAAUGGCGGUGGCGGUGCACAUGCGUCGGAAUCGUUCCGAAGACCUUCGUCGAUCAUGGUGAUGGACCUGGCGGGUCGAAUCAAGGAGUUGAAGCAUCCCAUCCCCGCGAAAACCGUUCUCAACGAUAACCCUCAUUGCUACCUCUGCAACUCCGAGUCGGUGCACAUCGGCACGUGCAUGCCACGCGUCCCCGACGAGGAGGAGCUUCUUCCUGGCCGAAUCUACUUCCUCGUCCCUCUCUCGCAUUCUCAUUCUCCUUUGUCCCUCACUCUCCUCUGCGAUCUCGCCGUUAAAGCCGGUUCCGCACUUUCCAACCCCAAAAAUAACCACACCGGCACAAACAGAGCUUCCGUUACGCGGCGUCGUUAGAGUGGUGCCGUGACCGUGUAAGUUAGUUUUGUUAAAAGUGUUUUGGUUUGUUGGGUUUGAUUUGUGGUUCAAUCGAUUUACUUGAGUGGGACCUUGUAAGAGAAUAAGAAGAGAUUGGUGAUCAAAUUUGUACGAGUAAGGGCCCAAAUGAGAGUGAUUGGUUGUGAAAGAAGAGAUUGUGAAUUGGUUUGGCCGCCCCCACAGGAAUCAUGAAAUGCAGCAUCUGCACAAUUCCCUGCCUUUCUCACAAUUCUCCAUCUCUGUUUCUUUGUAAUUGCACCCAUUCUAUUCAAAACAUGUACUACCUGAAUCAGGGUUUCAGCUUUUGGAAUUCCUUCAAUUUUUUCUUUCUUUCUUCCAAAACCUUUUUUCAAGGUGGAAAAUUGCUUUCUAUAUAAUUGAUUGCGUUCCCAAUAUUUAUUGGGUUGAAAA